UCGUACAAAAGAGGGUUUGAAUGUUUUUAUAGCCAUGGUGCAUCAUUUGUGCUUUCAGAUAUUUUUAUUUAUUUACUUUUUCUGUUUUGUUUUCACACUAUUACCAUUUUGGUUCCCUCAAAAGUUGCUAAAUCUGAAAGCUGCAGCUGCAUAUCAUUAAUGAUUUCAAGGAUUUCCUACAGAUUUUGAAAUUGGAGAUUAGAAAAGAGCGUGUGAAGAAGAUGAGCGAAGGCCAACGGUUUCAGCUGGGGACAAUUGGUGCGCUCAGCUUGUCGGUGGUGUCUUCCGUCUCUAUUGUGAUUUGCAACAAGGCCCUUAUCAGCUCCCUUGGUUUCACAUUUGCUACAACUUUGACAAGUUGGCAUCUUCUAGUCACGUUUUGUUCCCUUCACGUGGCACUAUGGAUGAAAUUUUUUGAGCACAAGCCUUUUGAUCCAAGAGCUGUCAUGGGAUUCGGAGUGCUGAAUGGGACUUCCAUUGGCCUUCUCAAUCUGAGUCUAGGGUUCAAUUCUGUUGGCUUUUAUCAGAUGACAAAAUUGGCAAUCAUCCCCUGUACGGUUCUUUUGCAGACUCUGUUCUUUAGGAAGCAAUUCAGUAGGAAUGUCCAGAUUGCAUUGGCUAUCCUCCUAUUUGGCGUUGGAAUUGCAACAGUUACUGAUCUACAGCUCAACUUGUUGGGCUCUAUUCUAUCUCUGCUUGCCAUUAUCACGACUUGCAUUGCACAGAUUAUGACUAAUACCAUCCAGAAGAAGUUCAAGGUUUCUUCCACACAGCUUCUUUACCAAUCAUGCCCUUAUCAAGCAAUUACUCUGCUUGUAACUGGGCCGUUUGUUGAUGGGCUGUUAACAAAUAAAAAUGUGUUCGCAUUCAACUACACUCCAAAAGUGCUGGCGUUCAUUGUUCUAUCUUGCUUAAUAUCAGUUUCUGUGAACUUCAGUACUUUUCUUGUAAUUGGGAAGACAUCUCCAGUGACAUACCAAGUAUUAGGACAUUUGAAAACAUGCCUUGUGUUAGCCUUUGGAUAUGUUCUCCUUCACGACCCUUUCAGCUGGCGGAACAUCCUAGGUAUCUUUGUUGCCGUUGUCGGAAUGGUAGUAUAUUCAUAUUAUUGCACUAUUGAGAGCCAGCAAAAGGCUAGCGAAGCAUCAGCACAGGUGUCUCAGGCAAAGGAAAACGAAUCUGAUCCUCUGAUAAACGCCGAAAAAGGUGGCAUUCUAGCCGAUAGUGCCAAAUCAUCCCCCGGUUGGAAUUCAAGCAAGGACUUGCAGGCAUAAUAAUGCUUCUUCAAAUGAUUAUCAUUCUUCAUUCUUUGGCUUGCCCUCUCAUCCACACCAGGGAAAUUACUUCAGUGAUGAAGAUGUUGCUGUGAGGGUUUCCCUUCAUCAUCAUCAGAGAGCAAUGUGUAUGGGCAACUUAUAAACACAAAAAAAAAAUGUUUUACUGUUCUUUUAGUGCCAAAGAAUAUGUGCUUCUUCCACAGCAGUUUUGCUAUCAAGACAUGUACGAGUAAGCAGUACACUUUUAGGAAUAUAUAUAAAUUUUUUUUUAUAUAUUUCGACUGAAGAACAUUAUAGUUGUCACAGGAAACACAGAUAUAUACACACUUCCGCAUUUGUACGAGAAAAAACAGGGAAAUGCUUUUGCUUUUUGAACACCAAAGUUGCAUACGCCAACAUGCCCGCCCAUAAGCAAGUGCAUUAGGUUCACUUGCACAAGGCCUCCGAAAUAUAAGGGCCCAUUUUUAAUUUUAUCUUUAGCCCAUUACUAGUUUUAUUCUAUUACUCAAGCCCAAUAAUUAAUAAGAAAGGACUAUUCAGUGUUCCGCCUCAUCGUUUCCUCCGCGGCUCCCCCUAGUCGAACGCAAAGUUCCUCAGCUUCUCCUCUGGAGUGGGGCUUAAGUUGCUCAUUUGUACAUGACCUUCUAUAAUGAUUGGGCGGGCCUGUUGGUUACCACAGAGGGCAUAUGG